AUGACACCUUUGUCGGUGACACCGGCCCCGACCCCAGUGUCUGCCUCGACAUCGGCACCAGCGGAGAAGCCAGCCGUCAAGAAAGAAGAGUAUAUAGCAUGUCUCAAUUGUAGUAAACAAGGUCAUGUCGUCAAGGACUGCCCAAACCCGCGAAAGACGCCGACAGCAGCCCCAGCAACACAUAACACCUAA